AUGGCCGGAAUCGAUGCCCUCCUGCUCGCGCAGGACGAAGAUGGGUUGUCGACGUCCCUGUCUGGUAACUCACAAAGGCUGGAUUCCGAGGCCCUCAAGCGUCACCUGGAAGACAAAUUUCUGACACCUUCACGUGAGUUCUCGAGCGAAUGGCUAAACCUUUUGCAGCAACGAUGGGAAUUCGAAACGGAGUAUACCUCCCUAUUUAAACUGGCACCCACGCAGACUCGUACUGUGACGAGGUUUCAACGCCAUGGGCUUGAAGGUCGAGUCACUGGCUACAAGAACGUAACAUUACCCUCAAAUAGUGCCACGGCCAAGAACUCAACUAGCUUGCUUCGAAAACCGGCCAACCGAGCCGACUUUGUUCGUGGAGCUGCCGGGUUCUUUCCUUUUGCUCCUGGCGGGCUUGAUGGUAUUGAAGCUACAGCCGCGCUCGAGGACCAGGUUCACACAGGAGGGGUUGAAGAAUGCUCGAGAGCCAACAAGCUUGACAGAGUUAUCCAACUAGGCGAAGGGGGACUACUACAGAUAGCCCCAGGUCUGGAUACAGGUAUCGAUUUCAGCAUGAAGAAAAAUGCUGCCGAUGAAGAGGCGGCGAACGCUGUUCAGGAAGCUUUGGAAGAGGAGCCCGAAAACGCUGGGUCAGUGGAGGAGACAGAAGGGGAGAUCCCGGAUGACACGCCAGCAGAUGCAUCCGAUACAGGGGAAGAUGAAGACGAUAUCGAUGAUAUCCUCCCUAUCGAAUUCCCGGCUCUGGAACCCCAUGGUGUGUUGGCAGCAUCAAGUGCCCGUAAGGCUGGCCGUGAAUGGGCACACAUGGUAGAUAUCCGACAAGGAAUGCCCAACUUUCGAGAAUUGGUACCUGACAUGGCUAGAGAGUGGCCAUUCGAGCUGGAUACUUUUCAGAAGGAGGCUGUUUACCAUCUUGAGAACGGCGAUUCUGUCUUCGUUGCUGCCCAUACAUCAGCAGGCAAAACAGUUGUCGCUGAGUAUGCCAUUGCGUUGGCUGCAAAGCACAUGACGAAAGCCAUCUACACAUCACCAAUCAAGGCAUUGAGUAACCAGAAGUUUCGAGAUUUUCGACAGACGUUUGAUGAGGUCGGGAUUCUCACCGGCGACGUGCAGAUUAAUCCCGAGGCUAGCUGCCUGAUUAUGACGACGGAGAUUCUACGAAGCAUGCUUUACCGCGGAGCCGACUUGAUUCGUGACGUCGAAUUUGUAAUUUUCGACGAAGUUCACUACGUGAAUGAUUUUGAGCGGGGAGUGGUCUGGGAAGAAGUCAUUAUUAUGCUGCCAGAGCAUGUUACACUUAUUCUGUUGUCGGCCACCGUUCCGAAUACGUAUGAAUUUGCGUCAUGGGUUGGCCGCACGAAACAAAAAGAUAUCUAUGUCAUUUCGACCUCCAAGCGCCCUGUUCCUCUCGAGCACUAUAUCUGGGCCGGCAAGGACGUCCACAAAAUCGUCGACUCAGACAAGAAGUUUAUUGAAAAGGGAUGGAAAGAUGCACACGGAGCCGUACAGGGCAAGGAGACGCAAAGACCCGCAGAGACUACGAUGGCCAUGAGAGGAGGCAAUCCUCGAGGCGGACAACGUGGUGGCCAACAGCGUGGAGGACCCCAACAACGCGGUGGACGAGGAGGUGGCCAACAACGAGGUGGAAAUCAGCAAAGAGGCCGCGGAGGGCCACCUCGCGCCAGUCAUGCCCCCGGCCACAUGGGUCGCGGAGGUCGUGCUGGUGGCAUGACUUCUGCUGCGCAAGACAAAAAUCUUUGGGUACACCUCGUUCAGUUCUUGCGAAAAAAGUCUCUCCUGCCAGCUUGUAUCUUUGUCUUUUCCAAGAAGAGAUGUGAGCAAAAUGCGGAUGCUUUGAGCAAUCAAGAUUUCUGCACGGCCCAGGAGAAGAGCCAUAUUCACAUGAUUAUCGAAAAGUCUAUUGCACGAUUAAAGCCCGAAGACAGACAGUUACCCCAAAUUGUCAGGCUGAGAGAACUGCUCAGCAGGGGUAUAGCAGUUCAUCACGGCGGAUUGCUACCAAUCGUCAAGGAAUUGGUGGAAAUACUGUUCGCCCAGACCCUCGUGAAGGUGCUCUUUGCUACCGAGACAUUUGCCAUGGGUCUGAACUUGCCAACUCGAACUGUUGUCUUCUCAGGCUACAGAAAGCAUGAUGGACACUCAUUCCGCAAUCUGCUCCCCGGUGAGUAUACUCAAAUGGCUGGCCGAGCCGGUCGCCGUGGUCUGGACACUGUUGGAUCAGUCAUCAUUGUUCCACCGGGGGGUGCCGACGACGUGCCGCCUGCCGCUGAGCUCCGCAACAUGAUACUGGGUGAGCCGUCUAAGUUACGGUCUCAGUUCCGUCUCACCUACAACAUGAUCCUCAACUUGCUCCGGGUCGAAGCGUUGAAGAUUGAGGAGAUGAUUAAGCGCAGCUUCUCGGAGCACGCCACGCAGGCAUUGCUCCCUGAGCACGAAAAGGAUGUCAAGCUCGCACAAGCUGAUCUGGCCAAGGUCAAGAGAGAAUCGUGCAAGAUUUGUGACACCGCUAUGGACGAAUGUCACCAGGCUGCCCAAGACUUUAAGCAGCUUACCCUUGAACUGUACAAAGGUCUCCUCCGAAUCACAUUUGGGCGUAGAAUGUUUAGUCAACAGCGCCUCAUCGUGUUUAACUGGGAGGGUGUUCGGACGGUUGGCAUUUUGCUGUCAGAAGGCAUGAGCCCGAAGGGUACCCUGGAGGACCCUAUUCUUCAUGUCUGCGCUAUUAAACCACUGAGGGAAAGACGAGAUGCGACAGACCAAUUACCUUUCAUCCCUGCUUUCCGCAGGUACUUGCACAAACUGCCUCAGGGCAAGAGGCGCUUGCAGAUUAAGACUCUCCACGUGCCGCUGAGCGAUGUGGAGUGCUUGACCAAAUGGGUUCUCAAGGGCGCAGUCCCAGAGAUCUUCAAGGGUGGUGAAGCUGGUCAACAAGCCAUGGAGAAACUACAGGAUCUUUGUUCCGGCUGGGACAGCCGAUGGGAUGAAGUGGAUAUGGGCAAGAUCAAAAGCAUGCAGUUGCAGGAGAUUGUUGAGAAGAGAGUGCAGUUGGUCAAGGCGAUUUCCAUGUCUCCGGUCAUUAAAUGCCCAGCGUUCUUGAAACACUUCGCCAUGUGCCACGACGAAUGGCUCAUCAAAGAGCAUAUCUCCCAGCUCAAGCAGUCCCUCUCUGACCAAAAUCUCCAACUCCUACCCGACUACGAGCAACGUGUCCAAGUUCUCAAAGAACUCGAUUUCAUCGAUGAUGCCACGCGAAUCCAGCUUAAAGGCAAAGUAGCAUGCGAAGUCCACUCGGGCGACGAACUCGUCCUCACCGAACUCAUCCUCGACAACGUCCUCGCCGAUUUCGAGCCCGCUGAAAUCGCCGCCCUCCUAUCCUCCUUUGUGUUCCAGGAGAAGACUACAGUCGAACCCACGUUGACAGGAAACUUGGAGCGCGGACGGGACACCAUUAUUGCUAUUUCCGAAAAGGUCAACGACGUACAGACCAGGUUGCAGGUGAUUCAGUCAGCGGACGACUCGAAUGACUUUGUGUCACGACCCAGAUUCGGCCUCAUGGAGGUGGUGUACGAGUGGGCAAGGGGGAUGAGUUUCAAGAACAUUACGGGCCUGACGGACAUACUUGAGGGUACUAUAGUGCGCACGAUUACGAGAUUAGAUGAGACGUGUAGGGAGGUGAAGAAUGCGGCGAGGAUAGUAGGUGACCCCGAGUUGUAUCAAAAGAUGCAAGAGGCGCAGGAGCUCAUCAAGAGGGAUAUUACCGCCGUGGCGAGCUUGUACAUGUAG